GCCGGCAUGAGUACACUGAGCACGGUGGCGGCCCUGACGCUCCCGGCGCCGACGGUCGACUGGUCCAUCACGUGUCCCUUCGGCACGUACGCCUCGACGUUCUCGUUCGACGUGCCGUUCUGCCCUCCGUCGACCGCCUGUCUCGUCGACAGCAAGUGCCAGCGCACCAAGGUCUUCAACCGGUCGGUCGUUGAGAUCGACGACCGCAUCGAACUCAUUGAGAACCUGCCCAACAUGACGACCUUGGUCUUCCGCGGCAACGGCCUCGUCCGGAUCGGGAUGCCGCUCUCGCAGUUGCCCACGCCCACGUCAGCGCCGACCUCGUUCAACAUUACGUCGCUGUACCGCGUCGAGACCGCGCUCGUCUCCAACUUGACGUUGAUCGACAACCCGUGGAUUGUGGGCGACGUCUAUUUACCCUAUGAGCUCACGACGCUAAAUAUGAUCAACGGGACGGCCAACCUCGACCAGUUCCGAGUCCGCGAUUGGCCACCGCAGCUCAAGCACUUGGCCAUCGAGGGCGCCGGCGUCGUUACGUUCAGCAGCCUCACGCAGUCCUUUUACAACCGGUCGGGCUUUGUGACGCCUCUUGCGACCUUCUCCGGUCGCGACAACGCAGUUCGGCAGUUUGAAGACUUCCCCCCCGCCGAGAUCCUCGAUCUCUCAAACAACUGGAUCAAACUCGUGCGCACGAUCGCUUUUGAGAACGCCACGUCGCUGAUCCUCGACAACAACCCGGUCGUGACCGUCUACAAUGUCGGGUCGCCGCGCAACCAGUUUAGCUUUCGAUGCGCCAACUGCAACAUCUCAAUCUUUCAAACCGACGCGGCGUCGCUCACGACGCUGCAAAACGCCAAAGCGCUCCCCAGUGCGACAUCCCUCGCGGCCGACUGCGAAGCGCGCAACACGGUGCUCCAGACGCUGCCCAACUUUCUCUCGACGGGCAUUUGCGUCGUGCCCAGCAGUACCUUCCCGAACCAAGGCCAAAUUGUGGUCGUGCCCGCGUGUUUUCCCAACGCAACGCAGGCACUGACGAGCACCAACUGCCUCUCCAAAGGUGCCGAAUUCUGCCUCGUCGACGCGCAGUGCCGCGAGGUCGAACCCUUCUUUGGCCGUGACGAGACGAUGGAUUUCCAAGGCAAACCCACCUUUUCCCUGGCGAUCCUCUCGUUCCCCAACAUCCACUCGCUCACGAUCCGCAACGUCAACGUGUCAUUCUUCAACGCGACAAGCGUCUCGACGCUCGAGAACCUCAAGCUCGUCAACAUUACGUGGAGCAACCUCGCAACAAACGCACCGUCACUGCCCGCGCUCACGUCCUUCGAGUGCGUCAACUGCGGCUGGGGCGCCAUGAGCGACGCGUACCCGUGGCCUCCGUCCCUCAAGCGCCUGUCGCUUCGAAGCAACAAACUCAUGUCGUUUCGCGAAGACGCGACCGGCAACUGGCCCAAGAACCUUGACUUCUUGGAUUUCUCCGACAACAGCAUCGAGACGUUCGAGGGGAUUCCGUCGUCGCGGGAGCUGGUGAUGUGCAACAACCGGAUGCGGACUCUGGAUUUGAAGGACUUUAACCACGCGCGUUUUUUGGAUUUCUCCAGCAACGCGCUGCGCAAGAUCACACUCAACAGCAUCGACAGCCACGACAACAUCACCUUGAUCCUUGAGGGCAAAGGCCUCGCGACGCUGACGGUGGACGACGCGACGUUCCGAUCGCUGCAAGCGGGCAACGUCACCUUUGUCUCUCCGCAGGGCGCGUCCGUGUGCGAGAUGGGCGAGCUCAAAACCGCUUCGUCGCGCCAUGACAGCUUCAGCGCCUGUGUCGUCGGCAAGUCGUGGACGGCCGCGAUGAUCAUUGGCGUGUGCCUCGGCAGCGCCUUUGUCAUGGGCUGCAUCGUGUACUUGGUCAUGCGUGUGCGCCGGCACAAGCUGUCGCGGUCCAUGAUUGACAACAACUUUGCGGCCCUCGUCGAGCUCUCGUCGGAUAAGGAGGAACAGCUCAAGUUCCUCAGCUCCAUUGAAGCGUCCGUGACGGCGUCGCUCACGCCACACCGCCUCAACACGGACGUCAAGCUCCUCGACACGAUCCUCGGGCGCGGGGCGUACGGCGAAGUGGUCCUCGGCGACUACAACGGCCGGCUCGUGGCCGUCAAAAGGCUUCGCGAAGACAAUGCGACCAUUAAGAACAUCGAGACGUUCAUCCAAGAGAUCGAACUCAUGUCCCGCUUUGACAGCCCGUUCUUGGUGCAAUUUGUGGGCGCUUCGUGGACGCACCUUGCCGACAUGAAGUGCGUCGUCGAGUACAUGGAGAAAGGCGACCUCCAAACGUACCUCGAAGCGACGGCCGAAGACAAGGAAGUGCUCUUUCCGUGGCACGACAAGAUUCGAAGCGCGCGGGACAUGACCCGGGGCCUCGUCUACCUCCACAACCAAAACGUGAUUCACCGGGAUUUGAAGUCACGCAACGUCAUGCUCACCGCGGCGCUGGACGCCAAGCUGGGCGACUUUGGUAUCGCGCGCGACGCCACCGACGAAAGCAUGACCAACGCGGUCGGCACGUACCGCUGGACGGCGCCCGAGGUGCUCAAGGGCAAGCACUACGACACCAAAGCCGACAUUUACUCGUUUGGGAUGAUUCUAACGGAGCUCGAUACGCACGCGGUGCCGUACGCUGACAUGGUCAACGACCGGGGCCAGGCACUUGGCAACUUUACCAUCAUGUACAAGGUCAUGCAAGGCAAGAUCAAGCCGACGCUCUCCGAGACGUGUCCCGACUGGUUGCGAGAGAUGGCGCUCGAGUGCAUGGCGUUUUCGCCCGACGAUCGCCCGACGGCAGUCGACCUCGAAGCGCGGCUGGAAGCGCUCUUGAUCGCAACCGAGCCAAUGGUCACAUCGCCAACCCACUAAUUUAACAUCCCCGCAACCAAGUAGCGUAAAUGAUCUCCAUAGAAUGUCUUUG